AUGCAAGAGGUGGUCAAGGUCAGGGAUGAACUUGAGCAGCUGUGUAUAGACAUCAGAACCUUCCAGAAAGAUAUUCAACCCACAUCUCUCUUCAAAGCACCUGUGAUCGACCAUUUCCAUCCCAACAAUUACUCGCAAAAGGCCAUCGCAGGGCUCCGGAAAUUCCUCGAUGCUGUCGAGGCUGAGAGAGAUCAUGUAGCUGGAAUCGUUGCCUCUGGCGUUGCUCCAGAGAACUUCACAACGAACGCGCCAAAUCAGCUAGCCAUAUGGUCUGAGUUCUGCAAUGCCAAGUGGCCGAUAGUGUCGAUCGGUCUCUUCGCAGGAGGUGCAUCGAGAGGUCAAAACAAGAUUGACAUCGUGGCCGAUGGAGGAAACGAAUGGAUAAAGGUUAACACUAUCAAGGAGACCCGCCUCGUGGCGGAAUUUAGGGAGCAAGACUCGUACAUCAACUCGGACUAUGACUCUGAGGAGGAUGAAGCACCAACCCAGCGAGACAGCUUGUCGAACUCCAUUCUGAGACUCGCAAAUAGCCUAAGCAAAGCCGCCGAGGCCGAGGAGAGGCCAGUCGGGCUUCCAAGGGCCAGAGUUCGACUGAUUCUCAAUCGCAUGGAGGAGAAGCGAGAGGAGGAGUAUCUCGACGUCCGAAUUCCCGAGACUUUCCGAGCUAUCAGUGACUCGGGCGUGCUGCUUGAGCUCGGCACACGCGGACCUAGGCAGAUUCCUCCUCUGAAACCUCCCCGACGCUAUGUUCCCAGCAAGGCUAUUGUACUUGACCUCUCGGUGGUAAUCGCAUUAUGUUGUGAUUCGACACAUCGACCUCUGCCCGCUACUGAAGAGGAACUCGAGGGACGAUUCAGAGCGAUGUGCCUCAACGCAGAUGGUGACAAGGAUCUUGAGCCACACAGCAAUGUAACCAAAGACCUUCGAGAUCAGCUUCGUUGGGAAUCUCAGCGUCCACUUGCACAAGAGCUCGAUGAUCGUCUCUCAGAAGCGGGUUAUGCGCCAAAUACAUUGGAAUUCUGGGUCACUCAGGAAGUCAAAGACCGCAUACCGGGUAUCAUCGACGUGAUAGGUGGACCGGCGGAGAAAGCUAGAGCCAGUGCUCUCCUCGAGGGCCCUGACUCUGCAUUCUGGCAUAACAGCCGACACGAGGGGAGACUCACCGCGCUGAAGACUUUGAGGGUCCGCACAUUCCCAGACUCUAUUGCAUCAAGUCCGACGACGGCCGCACGUGAACCGCCUCGGGGACUUCCUGCGUUCGAAAUCGGCCUUUGGACGGCAUGCAUGGACAUCCUAGGAAGCUCUGAAGUCGAAUCGCUCAAAGACAAGAAUGCGACCAAGAUCAAAAAUCUACCGAAGCGGUCUCGAAAUCCCAGAAGACCUAAAACUGUCUUUCAUGCCACGACAAAGGCACCCUCCAGUCACACUUUGCGGACCGUAAUAGCAGGAAUCGAGCACGGCAUGACUGUGCUGACCAACAACCGAGGAGCCAUCGGCAAGCUCAUAUCCCACAUGGGUGUGUAUGACGGCUUCCCUGAGGAUCGGAAUGUCGACGAGACUGAAGCUAGGCUCGAACGACGAGCAGCGAUAUGGGUAGUCAAUCCAAGCAGUCUUUCCGAAUGGAGACGGAUCCAAGUGGAGGAACGGAAUGCAGCCUUUUCGAUCUAA